AUGAGCGCUGAAGAAGGACCGCAUCCUAUGCGACGCGCGGGGCCUCAUCGCCUUUGUGCCAUCCGGGUCUCUGGUGCGAGUGAUUUAGUCAUUUUUGUGGCGGAGCUUCGGGCGGCCGGUACUGUUGAAAGUGGAGUAGGUGAACGGCUCCCCGAGCUGUUGCCCGUGAGUGUGUUGGACAAAAUGGCGCCGCGGCCGCCUUCUGUGCUCACCAUCAUGGCUGCCUGCUGUCGGGAGGGGGAAGCUAGUGACACAGAACGAGAUGGACUAGUCCCAGAAAAGACGUCCCCAGAUAGAGAUAAGAAAAAAGAGCAGUCGGAUGUAUCUGUUUCUCCUAGAACCUCAAAGCAGCAUUAUUCAAGAUCACGAUCAAGGUCAAGAGAAAGAAAACGAAAGUCAGAAAAUGAAGGAAGAAAACACAGGAGCCGGAGCAGAAGCAAAGAGGCAAGAAGACAUGAACCCAAAGAUAAAUCCUCUAAGAAACACAAGUCUGAAGAGCAUAAUGAUAAAGAAUAUUCUGACAAAGGAAGGGAACGACUGAAUUCAUCUGAAAAUGGUGAGGACAGACACAAGCGCAAAGAAAGAAAGUCAUCUAGAGGCAGAAGUCACUCAAGAUCUAGGUCCCGUGAAAGACGGCAUCGUAGUCGAAGCAGGGAAAGGAAGAAGUCACGGUCCAGAAGCAGAGAGAGGAAGAAGUCACGGUCCAGAAGCAGGGAAAGAAAACGGCGGAUCAGAUCUCGCUCCCGCUCCAGAUCAAGACACCGGCAUAGGAGUAGAAGCAGAAGCAGGACAAGGAGUAGAAGUCGAGAUAGAAAGAAGAGAAUUGAGAAGCCAAGAAGAUUUAGUAGAAGUUUAAGCCGAACUCCUAGUCCCCCUCCCUUUAGAGGCAGAAACACAGCAAUGGAUGCACAAGAAGCUCUAGCCAGGAGGUUGGAAAGGGCAAAGAAGUUGCAAGAACAACGAGAAAAGGAAAUGGUUGAAAAACAAAAACAACAAGAAAUAGCUGCAGCAGCUGCAGCUACCGGAGGUUCUGUUCUCAAUGUUGCUGCCCUGUUGGCAUCAGGCACACAAGUGACUCCUCAGAUAGCUAUGGCGGCUCAAAUGGCAGCCCUGCAAGCUAAAGCGUUAGCAGAGACCGGAAUUGCUGUGCCUAGCUAUUAUAACCCAGCAGCUGUGAAUCCAAUGAAGUUUGCAGAACAAGAGAAAAAGAGGAAAAUGCUUUGGCAAGGCAAGAAAGAAGGGGACAAAUCUCAGUCUGCUGAAAUUUGGGAAAAACUGAAUUUUGGUAACAAGGACCAAAAUGUCAAAUUUAGGAAAUUAAUGGGUAUUAAGAGUGAAGAUGAAGCUGGUUGUAGUUCAGUUGAUGAAGAAAGUUACAAGACUUUGAAGCAACAGGAAGAAGUAUUUAGGAAUCUUGAUGCUCAGUAUGAAAUGGCAAGAUCACAAACCCACACGCAAAGAGGAAUGGGGUUGGGUUUCACAUCUUCAAUGCGAGGAAUGGAUGCAGUUUGA